AACCCCAAAACAAAGCUCUAGUCUAGGCCCCUUUCUUUAAGCUCACGACUCAUUUCUCUCUCCGCCACACUCCCAUUAUCAGUCGCGUGCUCCCACGCGCCACCACCACCCCUACUCUACUUUCCUUCACAUAGUUCGAGCUCAGUCUCUCUCUCUCUCUCUCUCUCCUAUUUAUCGUAUCAUCUUCCUUCCAUUCCUCCAUGUCCGAAUCUCAAAGUCUUAUUCUGAACAAAACAAAGGAAGGUCGGUCAAGUGAAUCAACAUAGUCAAUUUCAGGUACCUUUUGAUAUUGAGAGCUCAUUAUCGAAGUAAAGAGAACUCUAAUGGCGCCGAACCCAAGAGUUAUUGCAGCUUUCCGAGCUAUGAAGUCUCUAGGCAUCGAUGAAGUAAAGGUCAAACCCGUUUUGAAAAAGCUUUUAAAAUUGUAUGACAAGAACUGGGAGCUUAUUGAAGAAGAGAACUAUAGAGUUUUAGCAGACGCUAUAUUUGACGAGGAUGAUACCAUUGAGGAAGAGAAGAAGAAAGGCAGUGAUAUUAACCCUGAACAGCAGGAAGAUGACAUGGAGGAAGAAACACUUGUUAAUGAACCCCUACGGCCUUUUAAAAGGUUAAGAAGAGGAUCUGAAGUUAAUCAGCCAGGGAAUGUGACAGAAUCACCCGAGUCUAGAGCUGAAGGUAGUUCCAUUUCACCUCGGCACACUGUUAUAAAAGACAAGGGCAAGCAGCCCAUGGUUUCAGAUAGUGGUUUUCACCAUAAGCCAAAUGUUCCUACUGCUUAUCAAUUGAUUAAGCCUAAAGAUGAGCCAUAUACAGAUGACAUGUUUGCUAGGGGCCUACCACAAUACGAGCCCCCUCCUAUUGCGGUGCUUCGUCCAGAACCUUUAAUUAUUAAAGGCAUUUCUGCGCAAAAUGAUGGAAGUGGUGGAGAAAUUGGCAAGCAAUCUUGUACUGAAGACCUCAAUGCAGAAGGGAGAACCGAUGGUGUCGCCUCUUCACCAGGUGAGGUGGUAACAGACAAUGAGCUUGCAACCGUCCAAUCUUCUUCUAAUUUGGAUGUUGCUACCUCAUCCUUGGGAGAGGUAAAACUUUCUCUCAGCUGGAAUUUGGCUUCUGGGAGAUCAAAUUCCCGUUUGCCUAAUAUAGAUGAUGUUAUAAAACUGACGGAGGCAAAAUGUCUGCGUGCAUACAAAGUCAUUGACCCAAAUUUUUCUGUCAUGAAAUUGUUGACACAUGUGUGUGAAAGCUUCCUCGAACUUGGAACUGACGACACUGAUGAAUCACAGGAUGGUACAAUAAAUAUAUCAACUUUAGAUGCACUGAAAAGAUCUCCUGCACUGAAUGCUUUUGGGGCUGGUAGAGAAAAUGUGUGCAUUCCAUCAAAUGGAAUAGUCAAUGGUGAAUGCCAUAUUUCAGUGGAUGCUUCUCAAAUUCCAAUUGCACUGCCUCUGAGUAGCCUGGAUAGUCAUGCUGGGAAAGAUAAGGACAGGGAUCUGGAAGACCACGGCACUGUGAAUAGUAAGAGUUUGGUAGCUGCUUCACAGUGUGAACUGGAUCCUGACGAUCUAAGAUCUCUCCAUGAUAUUAAUGACAUUAGUAAAGGUGAAGAAAGGGUUAAAAUUCCGUGGCUAAAUGAGAUCAACAGCGAGUGUCCAACAUCCUUUCAUUAUAUCUCUCAAAGCCUUGUUUUCCAAAACGCCGAGAUUAAUAUCUCUCUUUCUGGAAUUGGGGAUUUGAGUUGCUGUCCAACUUGCUUUGGUGAUUGUUUAUCAGCAGUUGUGCCCUGCACCUGUGCUCAUGAAACUGGAAGUCAGUUUGCAUAUGCGCCUGCAGGUGUUGUGAAAAAUGUCUUUCUUGAAGAAUGUAUCAAUAUAACUCGUGACCCUCAACGACUCUGCACUUAUUUUUGCGGAGAUUGCCCACUUGAAAGAUCGAAGAAUGAUGUUUGUUUGGAACCAUGCAAAGGCCACCUAAAGAGAAAUUUUAUCAAAGAAUGUUGGAGCAAAUGUGGCUGCAAUAAGCAGUGUGGCAACCGAGUAGUGCAACGAGGCAUAACUUGCAAUUUGCGGGUGUUUUUCACUCCCGAGGGAAAAGGAUGGGGUCUACAAACCCUGGAGGACUUGCCAAAAGGCACAUUUAUCUGUGAGUAUGUUGGAGAAAUACUGACUUGCACAGAGUUAUACAAGAGGAACAUGCAUGGCAAAAGUAGAAAAGAUACAUACCUUGCUUUACUUGAUGCCGGCUGGGAUGCUAAUGGAGCAUUGAAGAAUGAAAAAGCUCUGUGUUUGGAUGCAUCACAAUAUGGAAAUGCUGCUAGGUUUAUUAACCAUAGAUGUUUUGAUGCAAACUUGAUUGAGAUCCCAGUUGAAGUGGAGACCCCUGACCGUCGCUACUACCAUCUGGCUUUCUUCACAGCAAGAAAUGUUCAUGCCAUGGAAGAGCUAAGUUGGGAUUAUGGCAUUGACUUUGAUGACCUUGAUCAUCCUAUUAAGCCAUUUGAGUGUCGAUGUGGCAGUAAAUUCUGUAGAAACAUGAAACGUCCAAACAGAUCUAAAUCGAUGUCUAACGCAAGAUGAACAGCUAGCUAUACGAGGCAAUCAUUAGUUUUUUUGUUGAGUUUUUGCUAAUGAUCUUCGUCUGUUAGGCUGUGUUUUACAUGAAAAUAGACUCUAAGGAGACCUCAUCUUCUUGUUUUACAUGAUCUUACUUUGUGAGUGCAUUUUGGAUCAACUCUUUAGACAGUGAAAGGAAUUAGGCUGUGUGUAUAGGUGAAGGUGGUUUUCUUGACUGUUCUGUACAGGGUUUUGUAGAUUAACCAUUUUGCAUGUCGUGCCAUGUAGGGUCUAGUAGUUGCAUGGUCAGCCAUCGUGGACAAAACGACCCAUCUUUUUUGUACGACUUUCCCGGAUGAAGGGCAGAAAACAUGUUUUGGCUGAUUUAUCUAGUUAAUUAUUAUGGUAUA